ACCCGGGCACCCAAAUAAAGCGUCAAACGCUCAUCCAUAGUAUUAACACAAUAAGGGCCGUCAAACCAUGGCUGCGUCCUCCACCACAGCAACAGUGUACAUUACCCGGCAAAGUUUUCCCAUUCCAACCACAAAGAACGCCACCAUAUUCACAAAUUCUGUCACUUUUGCAGCAAGACCACGAAAAUUUGUUAUUAGAAGUUCCAGCGAUGGAUCAACAGAAACAGCAGCGACGGUGGUAGAAGAAUCAGAGACAGAGACUUCCAUUGAAGCUCCAGAAGGACCUCCGUCUCUGAUUUCUGCUCUUAAUGUGGAAAGGGCUCUUCGAGGAAUACCGAUUACAGACGUAGAUUACUACGGAAGACUUGGGGUUCAAAGAGGAUGUUCAUACGAGCAGGUUACAGUUGCAUACAAGAACAAGGUUGAAGAAUUGCUGAAUCAAGGACUAGAUGAAGAAGAAGUCAGGGAGAAGAUGGAACAACUAAAAGAAACGUACUCAAUAUUAUCAUCACCAGAAGAAAGGAGAAUGUAUGAUUGGAGCUUAGGCAGGAGUGAGAAUCCAGAUAGAUAUGCGUGGCCUUUCGAAACUGACAAAUCAAGAACUCCAACGGAGCCUCCUCCACCACAGGAACCAGAAGACGUGGGACCUACAAGAUUUGUUGGAUACUUCGUGUUGGGAUGGAUAGUCCUGUCCUUGGCAUUAUCCAUACUCCUCAAUCGAUAAGGUCUUUUAAUUAAUGUUCAUAUAUUGCAAUAGAUAAAUUCUUUCUUUUCCUUCAUAAUCAUUUCCUUUUGAAGCUUUUAUGCUUCAACGGAUAUCAUGAACACUAUCAAUUAUUAUUAUUAUUAUUAUUAUAAAAACAGGUAAUUACUAUUUAGUCCAUAA